UAUGGGCCCUCGGCGGUGAGUUCGCGGCGCCCCGCCGGCUCGUCUGUGCCCACGGAGGCCGCGCCGCGGCGGGCGCGCGGUUGGGCGGGAUGGUGCAGUCCUGUUCCGCCUACCGCUGCCGGAACCGAUACGACAAAGAGAAGCCCAUCUCCUUCCACAAGUUUCCUCUUACAAGACCCGAUCUGUGCAAGAAGUGGGAAGCUGCUGUUAAGAGGAAAAACUUCAAGCCGACCAAGUACAGCAGCAUUUGCUCAGAACACUUUACCCCCGAUUGCUUUAAGAGGGAAUGCAAUAACAAGCUCCUAAAAGAGAAUGCUGUGCCCACAAUAUUUUGUUACACUGAACCUGGUGAAAAGUCUGAAGAAUUUGCAGAGCAGCCAGAAGAUCCACUUCCACCUCCUCCGCUGCCACCGCCACCACCGCCUCCACCGCCACCACCACCACCAGCAGCUCCAGUACUACCACAAUCCCCAUCAACUCCUUCUUUUCAUUUGUCUCAAAUAGAUGCCAGAUUUGUAGAUCCAAGUAUUGGAUUAUUGAUGCCCCCUCUCCAGACCCCAAGCAAUCUUGCCGUUUUUUGCGAUCAUAACUACACCGUAGAGGACACAGUCCAUCAGCGAAAAAGAAUUCAGCAGCUGGAGGAACAAGUUGAAAAACUGCGGAAGAAGCUCAAAACAGCGCAACAGCGGUGCCGGCGUCAGGAAAGACAAAUUGAGAAACUGAGAGAAAUUGUUCAGUUUCAGAAGGAAAAAGACAUAUUGGCAGGAAAAGGCUAUGUGAUUCUGCCUAAUGACUAUUUUGAAGUUGUAGAAGUACCUGCCUAGCAGUUGUGAACAUCAGUUUUCACUUUGGUAGGCUAAGAAAUUUAGGU